AUGCACACUCUCCGCCGCCCAACAAUUCUCAAGGCGUACUCAACCUCCGCAGCCCAAACUUUCCCAAAACCACCGCCCAAGGCCAGCAAGUUUGUCGUCUACUGCAACUCGCAGAUCACGGAACACGGCCGGAGAGGAAACAUCCGGGAGGCGGAGUCCCUGUUCCGACGCAUUCCGGAAAAGACCGUCGUCUCCUACACCGCCAUGCUCUCGGCAUACGCAGGUAACGGCCGAUUAUCAGACGCCCGCCAGGUGUUCGAAAAUAUGCCCCAACGAACUGUUGCCACGUGGAACGCCAUGAUCACGGCGUAUGUGAGGAGCGGAUCGAGCGGCGGCCUCGACGAGGCUUUCAGGCUGUUCCUCAGAAUGCCGGUGAGGAACGCUGUGUCUUACUCUGCCAUGGUCAUGGGUUUCGCCAAAUCCGGAAGGUUCGUAGAGGCCGAGAGACUGUAUAGUGAGGCCCCUGUAAAAUGGCGGGACCCAUUUUGCUCUAAUAUUCUGAUCAAUGGGUAUUUGAAAAAGGGGAGAUUCGAGGAGGCUGUUAAGGUUUUUAAUGGCACGGCAGAGAAGAACGUGGUUUCUUGGAGCUCGAUGGUGGACGGGUUCUGUAAAAUAGGUCGAGUUAGCGAGGCGAGAAAAUUGUUCGAUAUGAUGGAAGAAGAUGAUAAAAAUGAGUUCACUUGGUGUUCUAUGAUUGAUGGGUACAUGAGUGUCGAAAAUUUUGAGGAUGGGUUUAAGUUGUUCUCACAGAUGAGAAAGGAAGGUCGUGUGAAAACGGGACCCGCAGUUCUCACUGUCAUUUUCGAGGCCUGUGGCAAAAUCGGUAAAUGCAAAGAAGGCUUUCAAGUGCAUUGCCUUGCAUCACGUAUGGGGUUCGAAUCUGACGUUUUAAUGAGCAAUUGUGUUGUUGCAAUGUACUCGAGGCUAGGCUUUUUGAACGAGGCCGAAUAUUUGUUCAGCACAUUGCGCGAAAAAGAUUUACUUUCUUGGAAUGCCCUUAUUCACGGUUAUGUUCUUGCCGGAAGGCUUGAAAAGGCCCACGAGCUUUUUACGAAAAUGGGUUCGAAGGAUUUAGCUUCGUGGACUUCCCUAAUGAUGGGAUACUCUAACCAUGGUUUAACUGAUAAAUGCGUUGAGUUAUUUAACAAUAUGCCCCAACGUGAUGAUAUUGCUUGGACUGCUUUGAUUUCUGGAUUUGUGAAUAAUGGAGAACACGAAGAAGCUAUUUCUUGGUAUGUUCAAAUGAUGCGUAGUGAAAUUAAGCCUAAUACUCUUACAUUGAGUAGCUUGCUUCGUGCCUCGGCUAGUUUGGCUUCUUUAAGCCUUGGUCUGCAAAUUCAUGCCUCGGUUCACAAAACCAGUAUGGAAAAUAAUUUAUCGGUCCAAAAUUCUCUCGUCUCGAUGUACUCAAAGUGUGGGGUUAUAAACAACGCAUACAAUAUAUUCAAUUCAAUCGCUAAACGAGACAUUGUUUCGAUUAAUUCCAUGAUAACGGGUUUUGCACAUAACGGAUUCGGAGAAGAAGCGCUCAAUUUGUUCCGAAAAUCGGUUGACGAAGGAGAAAAGCCGAACGAAGUUACGUUUUUAGGAGUUUUAUCCGCGUGUACUCACGUGGGGAAUAUAGAUGAAGGGUGGAAGCAUUUUAAAUCUAUGAAAGCUCUGUUUGGGCUCGAGCCCGGCCCAGAUCAUUACGCUUGUAUGGUGGAUUUGCUCGGGAGAGCGGGCCGAUUUGACGAGGCCUUGAAAUUGAUAAAUUCGAUGAUGUCGAAAGUCGAGCCUCACUCGGGUGUUUGGGGUGCCCUUCUUGGCGCGAGUCGAAUUCAUAUGAAUCUUGAAGCUGCAGAGCUCGCGGCUCGAAAAUUUUCGGAGCUUGAACCGGAUAAUGCAGCUCCAUAUGUGGUUUUGUCGAAUAUUUAUAGUUUUGUGGGUAAGAAAGGAGAUGAAGAGCGAACGAGAGUGUUUAAAAGAUCGAAAGGGGUUAAAAAGAGUCCCGGCUGCAGCUGGAUCGACGUGAAGGAUGAAGUUAAACUGUUUCUCUCGGGAGAUAAAUCGCACGUGAACUUUGGAGAUGUUAAGUGUAUGCUUUCGACAGUUAUUGACGUAGCGAAAGCGUAUGAUUGA